UCGCUCUCUCUCAGCCCCACAGACAGACAGACAGACAGACAGGCAGGCAGGCAGGCAGACAGAGGGAUGUCACAUCUGAAAGAAAGCCAGCGCUCUACGGUUUGCAUGACAAACAAACCCUCCGCGACCAUUCUUCACGAUUACGCACGGGAGAUUCCCUUCUUUUACGCGCGCUCCGGAGACAAGAUUUGGAUUCGUACUCACUGUUAAUCUGUCAUCUCUCCGUUGGCGGCGAUAAUGCUUCCCAGUCCGGUCAUAACGUCUUCCACCACGCCUUUUUCUGUGAAGGAUAUUCUCAAAUUAGAGUUGCAGCAGCAGUCUCAGCAGCAGCUCCAGUUCAUCUCGUGCUUCGGUCUGUCCGGUGCGCUGCCACAUCAGUGCCCUGGCACAAACAAAUCGCUCCGCUCUCACUCGCCGCCCUCCUGCAUGCUGGCAGCCAGGGACAGUCCGAGCCCCAUGAGCUCCGGUCUCUCGGAGAGCGAGGAGAGGAUGUCGUACCUUAAUUCGAUGACGGUGCCGGACCGGCUGUCGGGCUCCGGUCUGCCCGUGGACAUGUUCGGCAUCACGGCGCAGAGCCACUCCGCAGAGCUUCAGCUGGAGAGCGGGGAGCAAGAGGAGCAAGAGAGCAACAGCUGUGGUGUGUUGCGGGGCGAGUGUGAGGAUCCAGAUUCAGAGAAACCCGCCACCAAGCAGCAGAGGACCCGCAGGAAACCGCGCGUCCUCUUCUCGCAAGCUCAGGUGUUCGAGCUGGAGCGGCGCUUCAAGCAGCAGCGUUACCUGUCUGCGCCGGAGAGAGAGCACCUGGCCAGCUCCCUGAAACUCACCUCCACCCAGGUCAAGAUCUGGUUCCAGAACAGGAGGUACAAAUGUAAGAGGCAGCGGCAGGACAAGACUCUAGAGAUGGCGGGUCACCAUCACCACCAUCACCACCACCACCCACCGCCGCCGCCACCGCCCAGGAGGGUGGCUGUGCCGGUGCUGGUCCGGGACGGGAGGCCUUGUCUCUCUGGAUCCCAGAACUAUAACUCGCCUUACACAGUGGGAGCUCCAAACCCGUACAGCUACACUUAUCCCGCCUACAGCUACAACAGCUCGGUGUACACCAACACUUACUCCUGUACUUACUCCAGUUUACCUGCUCUGCCGCCCAACAACACCCCUGCCAACGCUCUUAUGAACAUGAAUUUGGGAAACCUUGGCGCGCAGACGCAAAGCCAGGCUCCUCAGGGGCCAGUGGUCACACCCUGCCAAGGAGCUCUGCAGGGCAUACGAGCGUGGUAGCGCAGUCUUUACGCACUAUACCGCACCUGGGGAGACGCUCAUGUACAGUAUGGGUUGACUGAACGGAAUCAAGCACGUCAACUGACGCAAAAGGAGUGCGCAAAUUUUAACUUAAUAACGCAAUGUUGACUGUGCACCACUUCCUGAAAGCAUAUAGAGCGUAUUACAAGUUUUCCUCUGAACCACAUUGUAGAAAAUAACCUGCCGUUGAAGAUUUGAUUGUACUGAAUGAAAAGGACUGCGCGUGGCGUAACGUAACGAGGCCUGUUUUGGUUUCAAAAUGGAUGCAAUGUGGGCCGGAGAAUUUUUUAUUUUAAUUUUUUUUAAAGGGAUCUUCUUGGACAUUUACGCGCAAACAUACUGUGCGUGUACGUUUAUGUCUAUGGCCCUUAAUUAAUUACGCGUGGGCCAAAGAAGAUCCAUCCUGUUAGAUCCAAAUAUCAACCACACCUGCAAGAUAAUGCACCCGUAUUAAGUAUUAUGUGUUUUUUUUUUCCUCUGCGUGACGUGUGUUUGGUCAGUGUUCUUUGUUUAUCUCUUAAAAAAAGAUUUUUCUAAAAAGUGAUAUGAUGGAAUUAAAUGAUACAAGAGGCAAUCAUGUACUGUGCUUUAUGUGUGUGUGUGUGUGUGUGUGUGUGUUGUCUCUUUAGGAUGAUUUCUGGCAUAAAUAC